AAAUUAGAGUGAUUAGAGAGAGAAAAUGCCGAAGAAGAAGACUGGGCAGAGAAAGAAGGCUGAAAAGCAGAAGAUGAGGCAGAAGGAAAUCCGGACUGCUAAGGAUCAGGUGGACCUGGCCAAAAUGCCUUGCAAUGCGGUUAUGGAAUGCGACAAGUGCAAUAAGAAGCAGAAGAGUAGGGCCUUUUGUUAUUUUUGUGGGACUGUUCAACGACUACCCAUUUGCGCACAUUGUGGCAAGAUUAAGUGCAUGUUAAAAACGGGGGAUUGUGUUGUGAAACAUGCUGGAGUGUUCACCACGGGAAUGGGCAUGGUGGGUGCUAUUUGUGAUCAUUGUGAAGCCUGGGUCUGUCAUGGAAGAAAAUGCCUGACUGCUCAUGCCUGCACGUGUCCCUUAAUCGAUGCAGUUUGCCAAGAAUGUGAGCGAGGAGUUUGGGAUCACGGAGGAAGGAUAUUCCGUUGCUCUUUUUGCGAUUGUUUUCUCUGUGAAGAUGAUCAAUUUGAGCAUCAAGCCUCAUGUCAAGUUUUGGAAGCUGAGAGCUAUAAAUGUCAAUCCUGCAAUAAGUUGGGACAAUACUCAUGCCUCAGGUGCAAAACAUGCUACUGUGAGGAUCACGUUCGUAGAAAAGGAUUCAAAUAUGAGAAGAACAAGGCAAUUCCUUGUCCCAAAUGUAGUUUUGAAACUUCUCAAACUAAGGACCUCAGCAUGUCGACGAGAAGUCACAAAUUCGGAAGGCAAAAUCAAGCAGGUUACGAUUCUGAUGAAGAAGGAAACAGUUACGGUUAUUAUGGAGGUAGUAGUUAUAAUUACGGUAAUAGUUACGGUAAUACCGAUGGCGCAAAUGAAGACUCUGAGGAUGAUGAUGACGACGAUUAUGAGGAUGGAGAGGAGGAUGAAACAUCAACAGAGUCUGAUGAUGAACAGCAAAAAAAUGAUGAUAAAUCUGAUAUGAAGAAAUAGCGAAAAUUUAUAUAUUUUUCAACAGAUAAUAAUGCAAUUAAUAAACCGUCAUGGUCAUUCUACAAA